AUGGCGUAUAAUUACGUAGCGACGGCUCAGAAACCGACGAGCGUCACACAUUCACUCACUGCUUCAUUCACAGGCGUUAAUGAUACAAAUUUACUACUGGCCAAGAAUACACGCUUUGAGAUACAUCUUCUAACUCCAGAGGGCCUUCAACCGCAGCACGACAUUAAUUUAUAUGGUCGUAUUGCUAUCUUUGAGGUCUUUCGAGCCACGAAUGAGCCCCAGGAUUGGCUCUUUAUUGUCACACAACGCUUCCAGUUUUGUGUAUUGGCCUAUGAUACAAUAACGCAACAGAUAAGGACAAAAGCUCAUGGUAAUAUUCGUGAUUCCAUCGGUCGUAGCAGUGAGAUUGUAACCAGUGGAAAUAUUGACCCAGAAGGACGUUUGAUUGGAAUGAAUUUGUAUGAAGGUUACUUUAAAAUCAUUCCUAUUGACAGCGGUAAAGGAAUACUGAAAGAUACAUUCAACAUUCGUCUCGAUGAGCUACGCGUGAUUGAUAUCAAGUUUUUAUAUGGGUAUAAUAAACCGACAAUAUGUGUCUUGUACGAAGACUACAAGGCUGCAAGACACAUAAAAACGUACCAUAUUUUAAUGAAAGAAAAGGAUUUUGCAGAAGGACCUUGGAGUCAAUCGAAUGUUGAAGCGGGAGCAAGUUUGCUCAUUCCAGUACCGGCUCCGACGGGUGGAGUACUUAUUGUGUCCAACCAGACGAUUGUAUAUCACAAUGGUAACACGUUCCAUGCUAUUCCAAUGCAAAGCACUGUUAUUCAAGUCUACGGAGCUGUGGAUAAGGAUGGAUCGAGGUUCUUGUUAGCGGACCAAUAUGGAACGCUCUCGGUAGUGGCGUUGCAACUUACCGGGAAAGAGGUGACUGGCGUGCAUCUAGAGGUGCUUGGAGAGACCAGCAUUGCUUCCUGCUUAUCGUAUUUGGAUAAUGGCGUCGUGUUUAUUGGAAGUACGUUUGGCGAUUCGCAGCUGAUCAAACUUAAUGCAGAUAGGGAUGAGCGCGGGUCUUAUGUUGAAGUCUUGGAUACCUAUGUAAAUGUUGGCCCAAUUAUUGAUUUUUGCGUGAUGGACCUUGAUCGCCAGGGUCAGGGCCAAAUUGUUACUUGCAGUGGUGCUGACAAAGAUGGAACGCUGCGUGUGAUCCGCAAUGGAAUUGGGAUCAAUGAGCAAGCCUAG